AUGACGGAAACCAUCUUGCCUAAAGCUGGCGAGCGCAACAUCCUCGUGACUAGCGCUUUGCCCUACGUGAACAAUGUUCCUCAUUUGGGCAACGUCGUGGGCUCCGUGCUGAGUGCCGAUGUCUUUGCUAGAUAUCACAAAGCCUGUGGCCGGCCUACACUGUACAUCUGUGGUACAGACGAAUACGGAACAGCAACCGAGACCAAGGCGCUGGAGGAGGGUUUGUCGCCGGCCGAUCUGUGUGCCAAGUACAACCAGAUCCAUCAAGAUGUCUACAAAUGGUUCAACAUUGGUUUCGACCACUUCGGCCGCACGCCUACCGAGAAGCACACUGAGAUUUCCCAGUCGAUCUUCAAGCGCCUGCAUGAAAAUGGUUUCCUCGGCGAGCGCACCGCCGAACAGCCCUACUGCGAAAAGCACGGCUCGUUCCUGGCUGAUCGCUAUGUGGAGGGUGAGUGCCCCCGCUGCCACUACGAUGAUGCCCGUGGAGACCAGUGUGACAAGUGCGGUCAUCUUCUCGAUCCUUUUGAUCUCAUCAACCCGCGCUGCAAGCUCGACGGCGCUGCCCCCGUCCGCCGUGAGACAAAACACAUCCACAUCCUGCUCGACAAGCUCCAACCGGAGAUCGAGAAGUGGGUUCAUCCCGCUAUCGAGAAGGGUGACUGGCCGAAGAACUCGCGUGUUAUCACUGAGUCCUGGUUGAAGGAGGGCUUGAAGGACCGCGGUAUUACUCGAGAUCUGAAGUGGGGUGUUCCCGUUCCAUUGGAGGGAUACGAGAACAAGGUUCUUUACGUGUGGUUCGAAGCCUGCAUCGGCUAUCCCUCCAUCACAGCCAACUAUACAGACGAGUGGGAGAAGUGGUGGCGCAACCCGGAGGAUGUGCAGCUUUGGCAGUUCUUGGGCAAGGAUAACGUACCCUUCCACAGUGUGAUCUUCCCUGGCACACAGCUUGGCACAAAAGACAAGUGGACUAUGCUCCACCACCUGAGCACGACAGAAUACCUCAACUACGAAGGCGGCAAGUUCAGCAAGUCGCGCGGCGUGGGUGUCUUCGGCACCAAUGCCCGUGAAACCGGUGUUUCCGCUGACGUGUGGCGCUACUACCUGCUGAAGAACCGCCCCGAGACCGGUGAUACGCAGUUCGAGUGGGCAUCAUUCGUGGACAGCAACAACGGUGAGCUCCUCGCCAAGCUCGGAAACCUUGUCAACCGCGUCAUCAAGCUCGUCGCCGCCUCCUACGGCUCUGUCAUCCCGGAGUUCACCGUGCCAGAGACCUUCACCCCCUUCCUGGAGGAAGUUGCUGGUCACAUGCGCCAGUACCACGAAGAUAUGGAAGGCGCGCACCUGCGCGCCGGCGUGCAGACUGCCAUGCGUAUUGCCGAGGCUGGUAACGGACUUAUCCAGGCCAACCGACUGGAUAACGCCCUGAUUGCGAAUGAACCCGAGCGUGCUGCCGCCGUCGUCGGCACUGUGCUCAACCUGAUUCACUUGUUGUCCAGCGUAUUCGAGCCUUACAUGCCCGCCACAUCGAAGUCAAUUUUGGAGCAGCUCAAUGCGCCUUUCCUCCACAUUCCCAGCGUGGAACAGCUCAAGGACGGCUGGAAGCCCACUUCGCUAAAGGCGGGUCACAAGAUCGGCAAGGCUGCGUACCUGUUCUCUCGUAUUGACCCCAAGAAGGCGGAUGAGUGGCGUGAGAUGUUUGGUGGCUCGCAGGCGGACCGCAAGAAGAAAGAAGAGGAGGCUGCCAAGCUCGCAGCUAAGAAGGCUGCUGCUAAGGCCAAGAAGAAGGAGAAGAAGGAGAAGGGCCGCGCAGGCGCUGGUGCUGCUACAGGUGGUGUUGAAGGAUCCGCUAAGGGUGGUGCGGAAAAGGUUUCCGUCACUACCGAUGGCAAGAAUGACGAGGCUGUUGAGAAGAUCGCUGAUGGAGUAGCGCAGGUUACUCUGCCUACUUCUUAG